AUGAGGCGGCACACCGAAAUAAUCAUCUGGCUGGGCUGCGUGCUCCUCCUUGGAAUGUCACUUGAGGCCAGGGAGCAGGAUAAGGACAUCUUUUCUGCCAAUAAAAGAAUAAUGGACCAGACACUACGCGUUAUGAAUGAAACAGAGGACCCUUGCGGCAAUUUCGAAGACUAUACCAAGGGCAAAUAUGGAAAAAGUUAUGAUUUGUACAGCGAUUUCAAUUUCCGCUUGGCGGUGCUGGAGAAGAUGGACCCCAAGUUUCUGGCACUGUUUGAACAACUCAAGUGUAGAAACUUCGAAAAGGGAAGUCUGGAGGAAAAGGCUCUUAAACUUUACAAUGCCUGCGAAAUCGCUAUGGAGAAGGAGCCAGAUUUAAACUAUGCCAGCCUAGUGCAGCCGGACGUAGAUCUCACUUGGCCACAUGGAAAUCAGUGGCCAAGAGAGAAAUUCAGUUGGCUGGUGACCCUUGGCCGACUACGUCGAUAUGGCAUGGAUCUGUUGUUUCGAAUGAACCUAGAGUUGGAUCACCAAGAGGCCAGCAAGUACAUGAUAUCCCUAGGCUCACAUGAUUUUGUUAUAUAUGAAUAUUACACCAUUUGGGGUGAAGUGGAUUGGCUAAUGAGUCGGGGAUUCAACAGGAGUCGAUCUGAGUUCUUGUUUAGAGAUAUGAACCGGCUACAAAUGGAUAUAAGAAACAUGCUCGGUAAGGGAAGAUUUGAUAGAUCCCGAAUGACCAUUGAACAGCUGGACAGUGAGGGAUUUCCCAUAAGAAAAUACCUAGAGAUCGUCUUCGGGCGUUCUUUUCCUCCAAAUUUCGUAGUGCUUGUGGACUAUUUGGAAUACCUGGUGAAAAUCAACCAAAUAAUGAAUUCCUACGACCAAGAAACUGUGGCUACUUAUCUAAUGCAGAUUUUUGACAAUUUCAUGAGAUCAUCUCAUCGCAUAGAAACAAUUAGGGAAUAUGAUUUCGUAUGUGUCCGGCUUGUGAAAAACUCAAUGAAGUCUGUCAGCUAUCUACUCUAUGAGGAACACUUCUUGGGCCAGCAGAAAGUAAAGGAAUACGAUGAGCAAGUACAACGGGUAUUCAAAGCGAUUCGGAAACAAUUUAAAAUAAGACUAGACAGAAAUCGAUUAAGUCUAACGACCUCUUAUAUAUUAUCACUAAAGAAGAUCCUGAGCUCCGUUACUGUGAGUGUAGGCAAUGUACCCAAAAGCAAGGGCUAUCGUCGCUAUUUAACAGACUUCUAUGCGGGAAUAAAUCUGAAAGAUGACGACGAUUUUGCCACCAUUCACUUGAAGGUCUCUGAAAUGGAGACCCAACUUAAGCUGCAGAAAUUAGAGAAUCUUGAACUCACCGAACCCUACCCGGGAUACGAAGAGCAUGCCAUUCUGGUGGGCAAUGGAACAUCUAUCGUACUGCCAUUUCCUCUCAUGGAGGAGCCCUUUUUUACCACCCGUGGUCAUGACGUCUUUAAGGUGAGCGUACAUGGCUUUCUAAUUGCCAAGCAAGUGUUGUCGGCUCUAUUUCCGUAUCCAAAACUACCUUUAUCAUCUGGCUGCCAGAAAUACAAUGAACUGGUAGGUAUAUUUGAUGACCUGGGAAAGUAUGAAGAUCAUUCCGGGUGCAUUAGUCCACGAGAAUGCGAGAUGACCAACUGGAGGGACAUCAUAAUAGUGCUUCUGAAUCUCGUACAGGAUGCGUAUUUCUCCGAGGGAUCAGGAUUCGACCAGACGCAGCCUAGCUUCACUGAUAAGCCGUUAAAACAACUUUUCUAUGUGCAUUUCGCACAGAAUCAACUUAGUAGCAUGUUUUACUAUACCUAUAACCCAAUAUUUAGACCCUUUAAUCCUUUGCGAUACUUGCCCACUUUUGUCGAGGCAUUCAAUUGCUCGACCGCUUUGUAA